AUGUUCCAAGCUCGAAAGUUCGUGGAUGUGCCUUCAAAGCGCUUAAUGACGGGAUUCUUAUCCCCCAAUGUAUUAAAUGCUACGAAACGACAACGUCUAGAGCAUUGGGAUGCAAUGUAUGCACGUCGUACUGGAACAACUGAUCAAGACACGUCGUUGAUCUUCGUGGAUACAUCCAAGUGGAGAAUUGUUCAAGAUAUCAAGGUACCAUCCUUAUUACUUGAACAAGUAUACAACUCAUGGCCAGAAUUAACUUCAUUACCUCAAUAUGUGACAUGCUGUCGCGUCUUAGUACCAUCAGCACGUCAUCGAAGUGGACAUCAAUGGAUUACGUACUAUGUCUUUAUCUUACGUACAAAAGUACUGCUUUGGCAACAAGAUCAUGGGAAAAUUAUACCAGUCGAGUUACCAGAUCAAGUCAAAGGUGAUGAAAGAUUGUACCCAUUUUUAUUUGCUCUCUAUAGUGAGAGCUUAAGUCUCUUAAUUGUGGGAAAAAGUGGGCUUGUACUCUUUUGGGAAGAUAUUGAAGUCAUACCUUCUGAGAAUGUACCAUUAAGUGUACAAAUUCCACUGGGUGUGCAAGAAUAUGUGAGUACACAUCAACAUGCAGCAAUGAUUGCAACACUCUUGGAACGAGGGCAAGGGAAUGACAAGCAACAAGAAGCUACGGGAUUUCUAUGCUGGAGCAAUGAAGGGAAUGUUUGGGAAGUAGCUAUUGAAGAUCGACGUAUUCGUGUACGAGCUUUUGAAAGACAGACUGCAGGAUUCUUUUCCGGUCUUACCAAGUCUGUGUCACAGUUUUUUUUCGCGUCAACGGGCUCGAGAGCUCGAACAGAUGGAAGAGUAGUGGAUGUACACCAGCCUAUCAAGUAUUUGAGAUUACUACCGUCUUUGGUAGGCGAUAUUGCGUUGAGUAGUAGUAGUAGUAGUAGUGGAACGAAAGCGGACGAGACGUCCGAGAUGCUAGUGCUUUUCCAAGAUGGCAUGGUGGAACGACGUUCUUUUAAUACUGGAGAUGUGAUUGAUUGCUCUUAUGCUUCUCAGAUGCAUUUUGAUGCCAAUCACAUAGCAACCAACUACUUUAGUAACAACUUCCCUGAUGCACACCUGGCGAAGGUGUAUAUUGUUUCAAUGCCGUAUGUUUACGAGACGUAUUUUGGUCUGCUGGUGGCUUUUGUCUGCUAUUCGUCACGAUCCGACACAAGUGCGAAGGUCAAGUAUGCGCUGUUUCAAUUUUCGCUAGAAGCGGUGGAUGUCGACACUUCGCCGGAGCCGGAUAGAGUGUGCAUGCUAGACUUUGAGCCAGGCUUUGAUGAACAGGCUACCAAUGAAUUUAUUGAUGUGGAGAGCUUUACGAUCACUCGUGGUGCCCUGUAUCUUGUGUGGACAAGAAUGCAGCCGAUUCAAUUUUGUGCAAUUCUUUUGCCUCAAGCUGAACAAACAAGUUUCCUGUCGGCAGCGUUUCCACUUCAAGGCGCAAAAGGAAGAUUAGCUUUGGCAUUUGGACCUUGCAUUGACCAGAGUUUAUUCGACAGCAACGCCGUAAAGGGCUCAGUAUCAUUUUUGCUCAUGGAAAAAGAUGUAAAGUCACCGAGUGGAUCAGUGUGCGUGGCUACCGCCUCGGAAAUGCAGAAACUGGAACGUUUGGCAGCUCCACUUCCGUCCGAUGCAUAUUUGGAGAGGACACACCGAAGGCGCGAAGAAGCAAGCCAGUAUGGAAGCGAAUUGACUCACACCGUGGGAGGAAACCUGACUGUUGAUGAUUCCAUUCGUUUGAUCUUGACGCAUUUCCACGAUGAUCCGGACUCCGCGGUGGCCUUACGUGUGAGCGCAAGGGAUGUAUCUUCCGUGGCAGAAGCUGCGAUUGCUGUGGAUUUUCUGCUUCUAGAUGCUAAGCCGUCAUCUGGACUGCGAUGGGAGAAAGGAGCAAACGACAAUGCGCUACCUCAGACCGAUGCACAUGAGAAAGAGUCUGACAUUCCCACUUCUGCUACUCCAAAGCUGGUACGUUACCAAUUGGAAGAAAAGAGAAAUCGUCAUGUGGCGUUCAUGGGGUUCCUGCAUCGUCGAUGUAUAGCCGUUUGGGAGUUUAUACAAAACUCUAGUGAUCUUCAGCGCUAUUUGAAGGAAAAUGAAGAGAAGCUACAGGGUGCAAUUUCUUUAAGCAAGUUCCAGGCAUCGAUUAUGUCUACGAGUUCUGCGGAAGACGAGCCAUUGUCAAAGGGGUUCACUGGAAAGUUUCUUUUGCACGCGAUUGAGCAAACCGUUGAAAAGCGCGGCUAUGAAAAGGAACAGCUUUGUCUUGCGGGUUACAAUGCCUUUGAUGUUUUUUAUUGCGAAGUGAGCAAGAUUGCUGAGCUUUUCCAAGCUUUGGGUGAUGAAGUUCAGAACUUGUCGACGACAGUAGGCGAGAGCGACCCGACAUAUCUUUAUUCCCUGCUAGAAAGCGGUGGUGCCAUGUUGAGUAUGCUCUGCACGCCUGUGCAAAGUUCUAGUGCUAGCUCAGCGCCGAAAGGAAGUUGGGCAUUUAAACGCGAGGUGCGAGAGGCUGUAGCUACUCAAAUUUCUCGUCUAUCGGUUCUUCUGGGGUACUCGCAGUCCGGAUCAUUCGACAAGCAGAUUCGCUGGCAGCACGAUGAGGUCUUUGAGCUCGCAGAUCAGAUUCAGAGGCUUGGAACCAUUUUGCUGGAUGACUACGCUCGCUUCAUCCCUCUUGCUCAAAGCGAGGAAGCAAAUGAGCUGCGCAAGGAGGAAGCAUUUGUGAGGCGUGUGACGUUGAAUCCCCUUAUUCACAUCGCCACGCAGGCACCAUCCCAAGAAAGGGACAUAGCAGUUGACUUUGAUCUGGAUGGAAAGCUUACGCAAAAGCGAGCAGACUUGUUCAGUCAAUGCGUCGAGCUUUGCGAAAAGUAUACUUACUUUGAAGGCAUGGUUUAUCUUGUUUUCGUUGAAGACUCGGAGAAUCUGUCCAACCUGGAUUGUGUCCUUGGCAAACUGCCAAAGACACCGGCAUCAAAGAGAUUGGAGUUGUACUGCAAGAAGCACGACGGCUUUGACGAUUUUAUCUUCCGCUGGUAUAAUGGCGAAGUUCGCAACCCCUGGACUCAAAGGAAUCAAGACGUAAGUGCGUUUUCUCCAACCAUGAUGGCAUACCUCCUGGGGCACUCGCAACUUUUUGCGCCAGCACUGCACAAGUUCAUGAAGAGCCGUGACCACUUGAAGAAGUAUCGCUGGCUCACUGCGGUCUCAAUCGAGCGAUAUGAUCAGGUGGCGACGCUUGCACUACAGGAAGCCAAGAGAGAACAGCAGUCGUUACCCAAGCGCAAAACAAUGGCUAGCAUUGCUAAAAUUGCCUCCUUUGCUUCGCCCAGUCUAUCUCACUCUGAAAGUGUUCAGGAAAUCAACCGCGAGCUUGUGCGCGGAAAGCUUCAGGAGCUAUUGUUGCAGCUGCCGUUGGAGAAGCCUAUUGAUCCACACCCGCUUUCACCCGAAGAUUUGGUUAACACGUGCUUGACAUCAGCUCUCUCAGCUGAGAAAAAUGACCCUAUGAGAGUCAACAUAUUUUUGAUGGCGCUGGAAGCGUUAGAGACACUGGCAAGCGAACCGCUGACUGAAGAGUACGAGGAGAUGCGUGCUAGUGUGUGGCGAUCGUGCAUUGUCGACGACGGCGAACUGUGGGAUAAUCUUACGGCUGAAAUGACGGCGGGUGUGAACGAGGAGAAACUAGAGUCUUUAAUGCGUCAAACGUUGCUUUACAAGGCGAUGAAGAAGUACGUAUCACGGCCUGAGUAUCGUGUCCAAUCUGCGUCAGCAUUAACAAUUGAGAUUAUUCAAGAGCUGGUGCACUGCGAGGGUAAUGUUGACUCCGCCGUAAGCGUCCAAAGUCAGCAGCUGCUGAUCAAGACACUGCAUCUGGCGCUACAGUAA